AUGACUAACUCAUCAUCUAGCGCCGAUGCCAGCGUUGGGUUGUUCACCAGCGGUGGUUGGCUUGCUCAAGAAGACGCUACAAGAUCCAAAAUAUGGGCCGAAAUGCGUUAUCCUAUGCUCGUUAGGUUGCUGGCCUUGGUUUGUGUAUUUGACGUGUUGAAAGUCUCCCAAGGAAAAACUCUCAAGCUCGAUGUGAAUUACAAAUUUAUGCCUGCAAUAGGCUUUGGAUUGUUCCAUACUCUGGUCGGUGAGAAUGGUCAGAACGUACAUGUUAUCGUUGACACUGGAUCGGGUUACGUUUUCCUCACCUGGAAGCAUUGGUUCGAGAAUACCACUGGAAAACCCUGCAGUGUAGCGCCCAUGGGGUGUUACGAAUGCUCGAAGCCAUGCUCUGUGAGUAACGUUACGAGAACUGUUGAGUUCGAGGACGACUACACGGUGAAAAUUUGGCAGCACAAAUCGAAAUUGACGAUUGGUCAGGUGUCAAAGAUCCUUACUUUCGGACUGAUAUUCGACCAGAAGCCUCCUGUCACUAAAGCUCCUCCAAUUAAUUUGAUUGGUCUUAGUCAGGAUAUGGGCGAUGCGAACUUCCCUUCUCUCAUGACGCAGUUGCGAUCAUCGAAAACUAUAACGACCGAUAUCAUUGCUCUCUACUUGUACCCUCCAACUGAUCCCACGGGGGCAUCCGCUGAUGGAGGCCUACUCCUUGGUGGAGGCGAUCCUGCAUUAUAUGAGGGAGCAUUGAAGUAUGUCGACUUCUCUACGGGCGAAGGUUACACGGUAAAUAUUAACAAGUUGCGAGUCGGUGAUGGAACUGUAACUUCUGGUAUCAAUAUGAACUUAGAUCUCGACACCGGCGCCAACUAUCUAUACGUCCCAAAAUUAUACUAUAACCAACUUAUCGACGAUAUUAAAGCUCAAACUGACAAUGCUGUGGGUAAGCAUGUCGUUUUCAAGUUCGAUCGAGAAGACAAGAAAUGGUCCUUCCCUUGUCAACACAUGAGCCAGUUGCCACUGUUGACGUUUGCCUUGGGGCCUCAGGGCGCAACCCCAUUUACGAUGACAUUCACGAACUAUGCCGUGAAUGACGAUGGUAUUUGCCUACUCCUUAUCAUGCAAAGCCAAGAGCAUGACUGGAGUUUCCACGAUCGUAUGUUGAUCGAUAAGUAUUUUGAGUUCGACCCUACUCGUAAACGAGUCGGAUUUGGCAAACUGAGACCGCGACAUCCAUGA